ACGAGUGAAUUAGAAUGAACAAGCAGAAAAAGCGUGGCAAACGUAAUUGUAAUUAUAGAGAACUAAUAAGUCAUGUGGUAAUUGAGACGAAGACUAGAAAAUACAUGUGUCAUGCAUUGCCAUGGCUCUUGGGCUGUUAAUAUUAUUGCACAAGCCGUGCAUGUGGUAAUAGGAGAUUAACAUUAGACUAAAACUCUUUCUCUUUUGUGUUUGCUAUUUUAAAGGCAACUCUCAUGAUCACGUCUCAGUCACAAGCGCCAGUGUUCAUUUCGUCUUAUGUGUAAUCGUAGUAGAACAGUAGCAUAGUCGUAGACUUAAUUGCGCUGCAUGAGAACUGCAGGGAAGCUGACGAGAAAUAUAAAUUUGGAGAAACCGCCUCGCUAUCUUUUUUUUUCUGAUCAAAGGCACCGACGAGAGCAAGAAAUGGCAUCUGUGAAUCUGAGACUGAAUUUAUCCCGAAGGAAUGGUGCAUCUAGGAACGCAGCUGUGGAGAGAAAAAACCUAAUCACUGUCUGCAGGUUUUCAGUCAAGACCCUCAUUGACUGCUCCUGUUACGAUACCAUUGAUGACUCCUCUCCUGAAUUCCUAAAUUUUGUGUCUAUCUUGGAGCAAAUUCUGAGUCAUCGGCUGAAAGGGCAGAUCACUUGGUUUGGCUAUGAAACCCUUCGCAGUUUCUGGGACUACAUGCGAGUGGCCUGCAGCAAAGUGCCACACAACUGCAUCAGCAGCAUUGAGAGCAUGGAGAAUGUGGGCUCCUCCAGGGCAAAGGGUCGAGCGUGGAUCAGGGUUACACUGAUGGAAAAACGCCUUUCAGAAUACAUUUCAGCAGCCCUAAGAGAUUUCAAGAUAACCAGGAGGUUUUAUGAAGAUGGAGCAGUUAUGCUGGGAGAGGAAGCGAACCUGCUCGCCGACAUGCUGAUUGGACUCAAUGCCAUCGAUUUUAGUUUUUGUCUGAAGGGUGAAGGCCUUGAUGGUAACUGCCCUGCUGUUAUAGACUAUACACCCUAUCUGAAGUUCAUGCAAAGCUCUGACAGCAUCAGCAGUGAUGAGGAGGAGCUGAGGACUCUGGGUAGCAGCGGGAGCGAGAGCAGCACCCCUGAGAACAUCAUGGAUGAGGGCAGCUGGUACAACAAGUGUAAGAGAGUAGAACAGAAAUACAGACUGGCCUCAGAGCAGAAGGGUUACCUGGAAGAGCUGGUACGUCUCCGAGAAGCCCAACUGUCUGAGUCUGUCUCUCAAAACAAAGCCCUUCUCCAGAGGCUGGAGGAUACAGAUGUGAAUCACAAACUAGAAAAAGAACAACUUGAAUACAUUGUUCUGGAGCUGCAGGACCAGCUGACUGUGUUAAAGAACCAUGACCUAAGAUCACGACAGGAGCUAACAGCCCACCUAACCAAUCAGUGGCCUUCGCCUGGUGCGCUGGAUACCAAUGCUGUUGCCUUGGAUACAGUGCUCAACAGGAAGCACGCUUUACAGUGGGAGGAAAAGAGUUUCCACAGUCUGGAGCAGCUGUCUGCAGAUAUCAGCCUGUCUCGGAACUCUUUGGAUCCUGCUCACUUACAGGGCUCGGAUGGCAAAUUGAAAGGUUCAAACACACAAAGUGAAGGCAAGGAAGAUACCCCUUCAUUGCUGGGUUUAUGUGGCUCUCUGACAACCGUUGCUAGCUACAAGUCUCUAGCCAGCCUCAAGUCAAGCGAAUGUCUCGCGAGCCCCACCACAGAGAUGGCCAGCCCGGGCCUCACACCCUCAUGAGAACACCUGCUUCCUGAAGGAGCUUCAGACCGUAUACACUAUGGCAACAUUUUACUUUGUCAAAAACAAACAGGCAAAUUAAAAGCUUGGGAGAGACUUUGCAUACUGUUUUAAACCUAGUGGUCUUUGGAGCCAAGACUAGUGUCAUUUUUGCUGCUUUUAUUGAAUGUGACCAGUCUUGGCUAUACGGCUACUAAACUGCUGCUGUGGGAUGAACAUUCUUCACAGAGCAAUACAAAAGUGCAGUCAAUAAAUAUAUAUACAAAUGUGCAGUCAAUGAAAAUAUAUAUAUAAAUUGAAAUGCUGUCCCCAGGAUGGAAGCUCUCCUUCACUAUUGUGCAUUGACUAAAGCACCCUUAGACCCAUGAUGGUAGUCUUUGAUGUCCAUCGUCUUAUUCCCGUCAGGUUUCACUUGCUCUGCUUUGAAUACUCUCAGUAGCAGAGGGACUUUUUAGCUGCCUUGAACUUUACUUGAAUGUAUUUUUUAUUUUUACUAUAUCACUUUUAAUUUAAAGAUAAGUUGUGUAUAAUUCAGAUUCUAGACAGAAUUCAGGCUUAUGUUGUGCCAUAUGUAUACUUUUGUAAUGAUUAUGGUACUAUCACAGUUUGUAUUUUAAAGGCCUCAGUCAAGCGAUGAGUCAGAUUCUGUCCUUUACCUGGUUAAUUCUAUCGCAUCAGUAAACCUCUCGUUUGUGCCUUUCGUCAGUGGUAACAUGCAACCCCUGACACCAAGGCACAUAUUUAGUUAAUAAGACAACAUUGCAUAUACUGUACACUUAGUGUUACAGUUUUAAGUGGCAUGUUUGUAAAGCAUGCAAAAAAGAAGAAAGGGGUAAAACUCUGUAUUGGCGUAUUCUGUUGUCUGUACUAUUUUAGAGGUUAAAUACUUUUUAGAUUUUUCAAAGGUCAGGUCAACCUCUGGCAUUGGUUGGCCCACCCUUAAUGUUGAACAUUUGAGCUGAAAAACCAACCCAAACAUUUGGGAGUUUACUUUAAUUUUUAUAUUUUAAUCCUGAAAACCAACAUUUUUAUAUCUGCUAAAGCUGCUAGAUAAACAUACUGCUACCUAUUCUGUCGUUUUAUAUAGCGACCAGGGGUUAAAAUAUAUUUUAUGAUCACCUCACACACUGGUGCAAGGAUUUAUUCACUGCUGCUAUCUCAAAUUUCCCCUGCAGUGCAUCUUGUUCUUAUUAAUAACAUUAACACAAUAAUUGUCAGUUGUUUUUUUUUUUUUAAGCCUUUAGCCCCCUCACAAUCUGUAUUUAUAUUUUAAUUAUUUUGAAGUCAGUUUUGUACUUUAUGUAAAUUCAGUGUUUGUGGUGUUCUUUUACAAUAGCUUUAUGAUUGCAGUGGAGUUUCUUGCUUCGUUCAGCUGUCCUAUGUGCUACCCAGUGUACACAUUCCACUUACCCUGUUUGCAAUUGUAUCGAGUGGUUUCAGUGUUCCAGUAUUAACUUCAUCUCUCAUUUUGUCUUGCUGGCUGCAAGCUAAAUCUAGUGUUUUUGUCCCAGCUGGGUUCCGAGUGGUAGUGGAGAGUUAGUCAUCAUUUACAGAGAGCUGCUCCUUGCCAUUUCACUAUUUAUGUUUAUUAUAAAUUGUUUUUUUCUACCAUGCUUGCAGCUCCAAUGUCUUCUAAUAGAAGGUGCCAUUGUACUGUAGAUGGGGUUUCUUCUUUUGUCUUGACCCACAUUACUGUAUAGAUUGUGUUUUGGGAAUCCCUUCAGAUCUCAAGAAUGCAAUACCAAACAUGAUGUGCGUUUUGUCUUGUUAACACGAUUGUUGACUUCCUGUAUGUUUGUUUGAAAUAAAUUGCAUGCACAAUAAAACCUUUUUUGUAUCUGCAAACUUAAGAUUCUAAACUUUGUUUUAACCCCUAUAUCCCCUAAUAUUAUAACAUGCAUUCCAGGGACAAACCAGACCUGUUGAAAGUGGGGCUCCCUAAAGAUAUUGCACUUGCUUAAAAGGAAAAAGUUGUAUCUUCAGUAGACAAAAAACACCACGUAUAAGAUCAUAAUGUUGAAAUAAAA